AUGGAUCAAGGGCAACCCCCCGCCACCCUCCGACCGUCGAUUUUGGAUCCGGGAGGGACCAGUUUGGUGAAUAUGGAACCCGAGACUAUGGACACCUCGCUAAACCUAACGUCUGGAAUGCGAGGCACGGAAACUCAGGCUGCUGCUACAGGGACAACCGCGACCACGGCGGGCCCAUCGACGGAAGGCCUCCAAAUUGUACUGGACCUGAACACCCUCGACAAAUUGAACGAAUUUGGAGUUGCGAAGGAAGAUAUCGGAAGGCUCUUCGUAAGCUUCUUGACCUACCUCGCUACCACACAACAAGGAAAAGGCGCGCGACCAAACGCAGCAGAAAAGGUGAGCUCAUGCCUUGGACAAGAAUAUCCCACGAUUGCUCAAGCAGCACAAUUGACAAAGACCCCGCUAAAAAGCCAGAAUGCUAAACCUAACGGGACAGAAGCCACCCUUUUGGCGGAAAAUAUCGAGGACAACUCCUGGACACUAGUCCAGAACCGGCGCCGCCGUAAACGCUCGCUGACGUCAAUCGAAGAACCCGAGAAGAAAGCCGCUGCUGUGUCCAUCGAUGAGAGGCCAGAGAGUAAAACUACCAGGGCCAUUGUCCUUAAGCCGGUAUGUAAGGAGGCAGUAAAUGGAUUCAGAGCCAGGGACAUCAGGCAGGCUGCGGAAACGGCAGGAAUCGAAAGCCAAGAGGAUUUCAAAAUCCAGUAUCAGACAAAGACCAACACUAUUACGCUCACUACGCAAGAAGAAUGCACGGCAGAAAAGCUGCUACGGCUUAAGGCAAUAGAGAAAAACGGCAAGCAGUAUACAGUUUGCCCCUACAGAGCAAUGGAGAAGAACCAGAUCCGCGGUGUCAUAUACCCCCCGGGAGACAACAGCGAAGAGACACCAGAGACGCUGCUCGCAGACAUGAAAUGCGACAAGGCAAGGAUUAUUGCUGCCCGACUUAUGGGUAAAGGCACAAGUGCGGUGUUAGUUACCUUCGAAGGUAACACACUGCCCAAGAAGGUCGUCUUCUGCCAAGCAAUCUUGAGCGUGAAAGAAUACCGCCCGCGUUCGAUCGUGUGCUUUAGCUGCCACGAGCUCGGGCAUAAGGCGGAUGUCUGCCCUCGCAAGGAACGAAGGUGCGGUCAGUGCGGGAACGUGCACGACGAAGGAAUGGACGAGUGCGACCGAGAACCAAAAUGUCGUAACUGCGACGGCCCACAUCCGGCCACCAGUAACGACUGUCCAAAAAGAAGAAUUCCCGACAAAAAGAAGAUGACACCCAAACCUCCGGCGCAAAAUAAGGAGAGUUACGCUGCAGCUGCCAAGUCCAUCACGGAGCGACCCAAGGCAUCGGGGAAAAACGAUCAAGACGAGCUUCCCACAUGGAUACCGGAAUGGGCGAAAUCUACCCAACGACAACAGCCAAGCCAGCAGGCAUCAGACUUCGACGCCGAGAAAGAGAUGAAUAAACUCAAGAACGACGUACACAUCGGCUUCAAGAUGAUCUUCGAGGCCAUCGGAGAGAUCAAGAAGGAGCUGGCGUUGCUGCGACAUGGGAAUUUCUACACGAACCCGACCAUAGUAACUACGCCAAGGCCGAGCGAAAGGAACCCAGAGACGAAGAAAGGCUGGGCAGCAGUAGCAGUCCUGCGGCACAUACCACAUGCUCAGCUCGAUACGGCGUCACUUUGCACUGGCAACAGAGAAGUGGUAGCCGUAAGACUCAGUCACAAACGGAAGAGGAUAACUUUAGCCUCCGUCUAUAUAAGACCAGGAACGGCAACGGAAGAUGACAAGGAAGCAACGGCAUGGAUAGGCGAACUUGUCGGUCUAGCCGAAGGGGAUCCGAUUAUCAUAGCCGGGGACUUCAACGCUCGACACAAAGAUUGGGGGUACUCCAACAGCACGAGAAAAGGCCGUCAAAUUAAACGCGCAAUGAAAACUGCGGGCCUUACGCUUCGCAACGAGCCGGGAACUAAGACAAGGAUUGGAAUGCACAGUAGGCAAAAUGACUCCACCCCGGACCUCUCCUGGGCCACUGCAAGCCUAGUGCUCGAUUGGUCAACGUGGAGAGACAACCUUGACAGUGACCACUUUCCGGUAGAAAUGAAAAUCCAUCACGGACAACGCAACAGAGGCAAAGAACAAAGACCAGUAGUCAAAUGGGAUCGUUUUAGGGAACUGCUUGAGACAGAAGACAGCCGAGACAUCGAGGAGUGCAUUCGGACGGCUCUGAGCGAAGCGAAGACAGAAGUUUUAGUAAAGCCUGGAGACCCAACACCGGACAAUCACCUACUAAACCUCUGGGCCAGCCGUCUACAAGCACUGCAGCGGUACCGAAAGAACAGGACACUGCAUCUAAAAAUCAAGCUCAAACGAGCAGCAGCGAAAGCGAGGCAGUACUCUAAACAGCUCGGUCGCGAGAGGUGGAGGUCCCAUUGCGGGUCCUUCAACGCACGAAACGGGCUGGGAAGAGCUUGGAGAACUUACAAGGGACUGAACGGAGCAAAGCGCAAGACAAGAAACGCUGCGCAGAACCUGGCCCUCAAGCUUAAUAUCAGCGAGUCAGAGAUGGCGAUCAGGGCUGGAGAAUUGUUCUUUCCCCAAGAAGAUGAUAGCGCAAACCAGAGACCGGUUGCAAUGAACAUUCGCACGCCAGAAGAGGAAGGAAUGGAAGACCCACUAAAUAUGGGAGAACUAAUCGACGCAAUCUACACGGCGAGGACCGGUAGUGCUCCUGGCCCGGACGGGGUGACGUACCAAGCUCUCAGAAACCUACCGGAAGAAUCGAAGCAGAAACUUCUCGACAAGUACAACACAGUAUGGGAAGAGGGUAUUCUACCGAGAGCCUGGAAACUCUCCUGGGUCACUCCAAUACCCAAACCCGGCAAACUGCUUGAUCUCAUUGAAAAUAUGAGACCUGUAUCUCUAACAUCCAAUAUCUGCAAGACGAUGGAGAAAAUCGUACUCAGAAGGAUACAGUGGUAUUUGGAAAAACACGAACGCCUGGAUCCCCGGCAAACGGGCUUUCGCGAAGCAAUGGGGACACAAGAUAGCCUCAGGUUGCUCUAUGAAGAGGUGCUGGCUGAAAAAGACAAACAAGACCCACGGCUCGUGGUCGCCCUGGACAUACGCAAGGCGUUUGAUUCAGUGCCGCACUGGGCAGUCGUCCGGGAGGCAAAAGCAUGCGGCAUCCGUGGAAGAACUCUGAACUUUAUACGAGACUUCCUGCGCGACAGGAGGUUCCAGGUGAAGAUCGGAGGGACCAUGGGCCCAGAAACGCCGAUUAAAAGAGGAGUGCCACAGGGGGCAGUUCUAUCGCCGACCCUUUUCAAUAUGGUAAUGGCGGGUCUCCCAGCUCGGCUUCGAGUCAUCGAAGGGCUGGGAUUCACCAUCUAUGCGGAUGAUGUGACGCUCUGGACCCGAGGGGGAUCCUUGGGGGAACAAGAGAGCACGAUGCAGCGGGGCAUAGAUGAAGUAGCCACCUACCUGGCAGAGGUGGGGAUGGAAGCGUCAUCAGAGAAAACGCAAUAUAUGAUGGUCGCUCGCCCUAGGGACCACAGGAAAGGAAUAGCAGGCUCAGUACGGCUAGAACUCAAUGGACAAGAAAUCGGCAAAAAGCCACAUAUCAGAAUCCUAGGAGUCACCUUCGAGCAGACGGCAAGAAGCACGAGAUGGAUCCCGGAGAUGGAAAAGACGUGGGCUCAGGGUCUCAAGCUCAUAAAGAAAACAACAAGUAAGUCCUGGGGAGCAGAUGAAAAGGCUCUACGUAUCCUCACAGAGGCCCUUCUCACGUCACGAGCACUGUACAGUUGCAACUGGCUGAAUCUCAACCAGACGCAAUGGAAAAAACUCGAGAGACUUAACAACCAAUCGAGGCGAGUAGUCACGGGCCUUCCCAAAUACACGCCACUCGAAAUGCUAGAAAAGGAAGCACAAAUGAACAACAUAAAAGACAGGGCCGAAACCCAAGCAAUCGCUCAGUUUCAAAGGCUAGAGCGCACUAAACAUGGACGUAGAUUCCUGCAAGACCUAGGAUACGAGACAAGCAACAAGCCGCCAUUGGAAGAGGCGCUACCCCCGUGGCAGGACGAGGUGAUAACGGAUCAUCGGCCUCUGCCUCAAGUUUUGAACCAAGGGAAGAGGGCUAGAGUCGCUAAGAUGCACGCGGCAUGGUGCGAAACACAUGCGCCAAACGAAGAAGUGCGGUACACCGACGCCGCAAAGAACGGUGACAAAGUGACAUCUGCCUGGCACGACGCAAGGAGAGGCAGGACACAAACCGAAUUACUGCCGUCGGGCACGACGGUGAGGGAGGCCGAAUUGAGGGCGAUAUUGGCGGCGGCCCAGGAUAUCGCAGGAAAGAGCGCGACGGCACCUCACGCCAGAAUUUUUACAGACUCGCAAGCAGCGAUUAACGCAACACGCAGCAGCAGACCAAAGGGCCGAACAAUAAAAAAGAUUAAGAAAGUGGCGACGGAGCUUCGCAUACGUGGCACCGACCUGCACAUCACAUGGCUUCCCGGGCACAGCGAAAUCCCCGGGAAUGAGAGGGCACACAGGGCCGCAGCGGAAGAAAUAGUUCACGGCUCCACGACUGGCCCGACCUCUCAUUCUGAAACGAAUAACACGGUAGACCCGGAGGAACAGGCUGAACUUGCCAGGCAGGCGAGGAAGGCCUACCUCAGAGGGUUGCUGCCGUCACAAGAAGACAACAUGCCAACGAGCUAUACCAGAUGGGAAGCUGUCCGAGUCCGACGGAUCAGGACCGGAACAGCAUUGACACCGGCCAAACAAGCGAGCUUCGGGCUCGUCGACAUCGAGGGUUCCAGAUGCAAGGCCUGCGCUGGGAAGAACACCGCCACACUACGCCACCUCCUCUGGGACUGUGCAGGCCUGGAACGGCUGAGGAAGAAAGCGAUCCAAUCUCUUCGGGAAGAGGACAGACCGGCGACGCUCGAGGAGUGGUCCCGACCCCAGGGAACACCGCAGCACAGAAAAGCAGUCCUCGAUUCCCUGAUGAGCUACAUCAGGGAGACGGGGACCCAUCAUCACAUUUAAUUUUUUUUUCUUUUUUUUUCACAUCAUUCAUUUCCUCUUUCCCCUAAAACCCCAUGCCCCUCCUUUCUGUCUCAGGCCACCCCGCCAAGACAGCCGAACCACUCAUCUCAUCAAUAAACAUAAUUCAACAACAAC